CACUACUACCGGCCUCUUUGCCACGUUGAGUAUACAACAGAACUUGUCUGUCAAAUUGUGAUUACAUUUCAUUUUCCAGAAAUGAAAGUUUUAGCAAUAUUUCUGCUGGUAGCCGUUACCGGUAUAUUUGCAGGAGAGUACAAAGAGGAAAACAAUGUACUUGUUUUGACAGAUGAUGACAUUGCAGACGCUAUAAAUGAGUACAAAUUCAUCUUGGUCGAAUUCUAUGCCCCAUGGUGCGGACACUGUAAAGCCCUUACUCCAGAGUAUGAGAAGGCUGCUAAGUUGCUCUCAGAAGAAGGGUCUGAGAUCAAACUUGCCAAGGUCGAUGCCACUGUACAACAGAAGUGUGCCACAAAAUAUGAGGUGCGCGGUUACCCAACUAUAAAAUUCUUCAGAAACGGCAAACCCAUCGACUACAAUGCUGGUAGAACUGGUGCUGACAUUGCCAACUGGCUGAAGAAGAAGACAGGACCAGCAGCAGUAACAUUGGGCAAGGUGGAAGAGGCUAACAAGAUGAUUGAGAAGGAUGAUGUUGUCAUCAUUGGAUUCUUCAAGGAUUCUGAGAGUGAUGGAGCCAAGGUGUUCACCGAAGUGGCCUCCAGUGUUGACGACCUUCCAUUCGCUAUCGCUUCAGAGGACGCACUCUUUAAGGAGUUCCAGAUGGAAGUGGAUGGGGUCAUGCUCUACAAGAAGUUUGAUGAAGGCAAGAACAGGUUUGAGGGAGAACUGACUGCCGAGAACCUGAAAACUUUCAUUUCUGGAAACCAGUUGCCCCUUGUCAUUGAAUUCACUCAGGAUAGUGCCCAGAAGAUCUUCGGUGGAGAUGUGAAGACCCACAUUCUCCUGUUUACAGACAAUGUUGAUGCUGACAGUGAAAAUAUGCUCGCAUACAAGGAAACUGCUGCUGGCUUCAGGGGCAAAGUUUUGUUUAUCUACAUCAACAUCAAUGAUGAGGAUAAUGGUCGAAUUUUGGAAUUCUUCGGCCUGAAGAAGGAGGAGUGCCCUGCCGUUAGACUUAUCAGACUGGAGGAGGAUAUGACUAAGUUCAAGCCAGAGUCUGAUGACCUCUCUGCCAAAUACCUCAAACAGUUUGUCAGUGACGUUCUAGAUGGAACACUCAAGGCUCAUCUGAUGUCCGAGGAGGUUCCUGAGGACUGGGACGCCAAGGCAGUCAAGAUUCUUGUGAGCAAAAACUUUGACGAGGUGGCCAAAAAUAAGGACAAGGAUGUCCUUGUUGAAUUUUACGCUCCCUGGUGUGGACACUGCAAACAGCUGGCUCCCAUAUGGGACCAGCUGGGAGAGAAAUUCCAGGACAAUGAGAAUAUUGUUGUCGCCAAGAUGGACUCCACUGCCAAUGAGCUGGAAGAUGUAAAGGUUCAGAGCUUCCCCACCAUCAAAUGUUUCCCGAAAAAUGGAGCUGAUGUUGUUGACUACAAUGGUGACAGAACUCUUGAUGGAUUCAGCAAAUUCCUUGAAUCAGGCUGCAGCAAAGAUGCAGCGGGAGUGGAGGAAGAGGAGGAUGAGGAUGAAGAGGAGGAGGAGGAGGGGGAAGACGGCGGAGAUACCCAUGACGAGCUGUAAACAAACCCACACUGCAUUGUCAGCUGUCCAUCAAUGUCAUAUCAGUCAUCAACCAACACUAGGACACACGCACUUGCCAAUUUACAGUCAAAGCACAGAAUGCUGUAAAUUUGAUGGAAAUUUUAUUGGUUUUUGAAGUUUGGUCUAGUUGUAUUUUUUCAAGGUGAUUUGUUUAAUGUGUUGUUGUUUUGAUCUUAAUGGGUGCAGUUAAAUAUUGAUUAAACUUAAGGAAGAACUAAUGUCAAUUAAGAAAAGUGCCUGAUAUGUUGAGAUUAUGAGAAAGGUGUGCUCAAUUGUUUCUUACAGUUUUGUGAAUUAAAUUUCACAGGUUUAUGAGCCCAAUACUUGUACAGAAUAAUUUCCAAAGCAAUGUAGCAUAAUAAGUGGUUAUAAGACAAUAUUAUUAAGACAAAGACUUAUGAUUUAUAACUUAGAAAAUUGUAAAAUAUAGUUAUUUUCAUUGUGUAAAGUUUGAAAGAAAUGAUAUAAAACUUCAAAAUCAUUCAUCUUGUAAUAAUUUCACAUUAUUUUACAUAGUUGUGACUGAAUGAUAUUAAGUGGUUGUGUUUUGUAUGUCUUAAGAACAACAUGGUUUGACAGUGAAAGUAAUUAUUUGUUUGUUUUCAUAUGCAAGCAAUGUUUCAUAGGAAAAUAAUGCAUAUUUUGAAAGGUGUAAAUGUUCUUCCAUUUUCUGAGGAUAUUUUUUUGUGGGCAUGGGUUUUACUAGUCGUUUUCUUUUUCUUGUCGUUUUAAUAUCUUGGUUAUGAUUAUUUUAUUGUUACACAUUUUCUGUUCACUGAUUAACUCAUGAAUUGAGUUUUUUAAACCUUUGUAACAAGUAUAUAGAUUAAAGGUGUUAUAUUCAACAUGUACAUUGAUGCUGUGCAUAUUUUUUUUGCUGACUAGAUUGCAAUAGUAUAAAAAUAGGUUUUUAUUACAUUGAUUAAGUGAUUGUCAGAUAUUGUUCUCAAUGCCAUUUAAGUUACUACCAUUUUAUUUCAUUGUUAAGAGAUAUUUUUGUUAUUUGCAUUUAACUUUCAUACAUACAUAUUGUAGUUUACAAUGUAGUGCUUCACUAUUCAAAACCAUUACUCUGGUUAAUCUGUGUUAAUGUGUUUCUUACAUAUGUUCAUCUAGGAUAUUUAAUUAUGAUUUGACAAAUGUAAGUAUAUGCAUUGGCAUUUACAACAGACAGUUAGAUACUAGUUAAGUCUCGGAAUUGAUGCCAUGUUUAUAAUCUCAUUUUGAAUAUGACUUUGCAUAUAUGGUGCUGCCACAGCUGAAUUCCUUACAGUUAUUGGUAGUUAAUUAAUGAGUUGCAAUGUAAAACUUUGAUACAUAGCCAAACUGUAACUGAUUCCUCUAAUAUUUGUGAUGGCAAUUGAAUUUUCUAUAUAUGGUAUAUAUGUUAGCAUUCCAGUAUGCUCUUGUGUUUUAAUUUCUAAUAUUGUAUACAUCGCAUAACAUCUUUGAAUGAUUGAUUGUAAGAAAUUGGCGAGAACAUCAAAACAAUUUGACGAUAGUUGUGCUUGCUGAUUGUCAAGAACAGUGUCCUACUAGUAAAAGCACAUGUUUUUUGUUUGUGUUGUGUUCAUAUUGAACUAGUACUUGUGUAUAGGACGUUCACAGCAGAUAUUGCUGGUAAAGCAAUAUAAGUUUUAGUGUUAAGAAGUAAAGAGGAGUACUAUAUUUAUUAAAAACCAUCAGAAAUUUAGGAGACCGAAUAAACAAAUAAAAUAUGAA